AUGGUGCUGCUUCGGCUUGGCCCGUACUCCCCGAUGCUCAAUCCUAUCGAGUCCUGUUUCAGCGUCUUGAAGGCUGUGAUCAAGCGUUACUUGGCCCUGCGGACCGAAGACAUGUUUUAUCGGCGAGACUUUGACACGUACCUCGAGGCCCGCAUGAGUCUCUUGGAGGACGCCGCCAGGGAUUCGCUUGAUUGUAUUACCCAACCUUUGAUGAUUCGUGAGGCAAUAUUUUGCCAGCGCAAUGUGAUAAAAGCUCUUCACCUUGAAGAUAUGCAGUAUGGCAAGUAA